UUUCCAAACCUUUGUGUCUCAAGCAAUCCGACGAUAAUAGUGGAUGCCCAAGUAAUUUUACAAAAGAAAAAAAAUUCCUGCAUUUGAACGUGUCGUCGAGAGGAAGAGAGAAACGCGGGGGAAAAGGCUCAAUUGCAUUUGGUUCUUCUUACUUUCUCAAAUCCAAGUCCAAAUUUCUGAGAUAAAUUGUAUACUCUCAGAGAGAGAGAGAGAGAGAGAGAGAGAUGGGGAAUUUUCUGGCCACUUUUCUGGGCGUGGAAGAACCACCACCGCCUAUGGUUUUGGUUCCGCCUCUAUUUGAUUUCCCUCCUUUGAUUGCACGUACCAGGAUGUUGGAAUCAUCAUAUGACUUGUUAUUUGGAAAGCUUGCAUUGAAAUGCCUUUUUGAGGACUACUUUGAACAAGCGGCGCAUUUUAGCACGAGAAUUAUGUUAAAGCCAAUUGAAGACCCUAAUGUGGAUCUGAUUGCUACUGUUUCAGGUCCACUUGAUCAUAAAGCUGAAGAGAAAAUUGUGGGAAAUGCUUUGUUUCGGUGGCAAAGGGAUGUUGACGAUCCUCACACAUUCAUGGAUCUCUUUGUGUCAACUUCUCAGCCGAUUUUGCGCAUGAGGUCAUGUGCUUAUUAUCCUAAAUAUGGAUUCGGUGCAUUUGGCAUUUUCCCAUUAUUAAUAAACAAAAGGGUAUGUUCAGAAGAUUAUGGUGUUACGGGCUUGAGAUACGGGUCAGGAAAUUUAUCUUUUGGAGCUACAAUGAUCCCCUUCUAUUUGGCAGAUGAGUUUCCAAGAAGUGCUUGGUUGGUAAGCCGAAUGGGAAGGCUAACUGCAGGGGUUCAAUACAAGCCACAGUUGGAAGAAAAAGGUGGUGCAAACUUUAACAACUUAAAGAAUUGGAGCUGUGCAAUUGGCUAUGGAUUAGGGUCAACUAGUCCUUUGAGCCCAUCAUUCAAUUUUGGUCUUGAACUUGCUAGAAGUUCUCAGAUGAUUGCUUCAUUCUAUCAACAUUUUGUGGUUCAAAGACGGGUGAAGAAUCCAUUUGAAGAAGAUGAAAUAGUUGGAAUAACAAACUAUAUUGACUUUGGCUUUGAAUUGGCGACAAGCAUUGGUGGAACUGAAUCAUCAAGUAGUCCCCAAGAUGCCACCUUUCAAGUGGCUGCAUCUUGGCAAGCGAAUAAGAACUUAAUGGUUAAGGGAAAGUUGGGUCCUAUUAGCUCGUCAAUAGCUUUAGCAUUCAAGUCAUGGUGGAAACCUUCCUUCACGUUCAGCAUUUCAGCUGUUAGAGAUCGUAGGGUGGAGAAAACUGCGUUGGGAUUUGGAAUCCGUAUCGAGGAUCUUCGAGAAGCCAGCUAUCAAAGAGCUGAUCCAAAUUAUGUAAUGUUGACGCCGAAUAAGGAGCACUUGGCACAAGGUAUUGUUUGGAAAAUGGGGAAAAGGCCAAUGCUACAAGCGGAUGUAGACUCUGGGAACUUUGACAAUUUACCGAGGGAACUGAGACCCCUCGGAAGAAUUUUGUAAUUUUCUGUUUUCUUUUCAAUUUUUCAAAGCCAGCCGCAGAGUUUCUAUGAAACAUUUACUGGUAGAGUGGUGGAGCAUUCCAAGUUUCCGGGUUGGAGCAUUUCCUAACUGGCUGGUUGGAGCAAUCUGAGGAUGAACUUGGGUCAUAACAAAAGUACUGGUCUAGAAGUGUUCUUUUUGUCUCUGGACUUGGGAAAUGGUUUGGCAAUUGUAACAAUUACAAAAUGUUAGGUUUUCUAGAUUUUUUUUUGGGGGGGGGUGGUGGUGUUAUCUGUUGCCUCUCAAGCAUGUCAGGCAGGAUGCUCUGCCAAUAUUGGAUUAUAGAGUUCUCAAAUAUAAGCAUGAUGCAGCCUUGGAGGUUGGAGCUCAAAAGUAGGAAGAUUUACCGUAAUUGUACCCUAUGCAAACAUUAUGACCCUCUCCAAACCCCAUGGUGGCAGUUUCGUGUACUGAGUAUGCCUUUUUUGUACGGUUGAAUAACUGGGUGUCAGUGUUCACAGAAUCUCAAUUCUCAUGUUCUGUUGGGUGUUACCGGGGAAGAUACUACCAGUCAGAUAAUCGCAACCAUCUUUAUUUAUUUUGCACGAUACUCAA